AUGGAACCAAAAGCGGCUAUCAACAGGACAUUUAUUGACAUACAUCCCUGCUAUGAGUUUGACAAAACAACAUAUGUAUUUACAAGCAAUCCAUCCAUAUCAUGUGUGUUAUUGUAUAUCUUCCUUGGAUUAUUUUCUGUUGUCACAAUAUGUGGAAAUCUUCUUGUAAUAAUCUCUGUCAUUUAUUUCAAACAGCUCCACAUGCCUACUAACUACCUCAUUCUGUCUCUGGCUAUGACUGACCUGCUUGUAGGAGUUUUAGUCUGUCCUUUCAGCAUGGCAUUCACUGUAACUUCAUGUCGGUUUCAACCAGUUUUAUUUUGUAAAGUACGAGGAAGCAUUGAUGUUACAUUGAGUACAGCUUCUAUUAUGAACCUAUGCUUUAUUUCUAUUGACAGAUAUUAUGCAGUAUGUCAGCCUCUGACUUAUAGAAUUAAAAUAAAUGAUCGUGUUACUGGGAUUAUGAUCCUUGUGACCUGGGGAGUUGCUGCUCUAAUUGGAAUUGGCAUCAUGAUUGCAAGUUUUAAUCGACAACAAUGUGGACAAAGUUGUUUAGUUGAUGCCGUAAUAUCAACUAUUCUAGCAUGUGUUUUCUCUUUUUAUAUGCCAGUCAUAAUAAUGCUGAGUAUCUACCUGAAAAUCUUUCUUGUUGCACAAAGUCAGGCAAACAGCAUCCAGAGCACAAAGUCUGGAGCAACUGUUAGUAAGAUGGAGAGAAAGGCCACUAAAACUCUGGCUAUAGUUAUGGGAGUUUUUCUCUUAUGUUGGAGUCCUUUCUUUUUCUGUCUGACAUUUCUUUCUUUUAGUAAUGCUAAAGUGUCACUCCCUGUGUUUGAAACCCUUAACUGGCUUUCAUUAACAAACUCAAUGCUCAAUCCAUUUAUUUAUGCUUUCUUUUACAGCUGGUUCAGGUCAGCGUUUAAAAUGAUCAUUUAUGGGAAAAUAUUUCAGGGUGAUUUUACUAACUCAAAACUUCACUGA